AUGGAGUCCAGAGCAUCUCUUUCCAUUCUAGUCCUGCUGCUUGGCUUCUCGCAAGCUCUCUAUCUCAAUCAACCUCAGCACGUGGACAUGACAACACAGAUUCUCACCACCAACAACGGCUCCAGGGAAUUGCUGUUGGAGGGAGACAUACUCUUGCCAAGCGACAGGAAUGCUGUGGUCUGCCCCGACAACAGCUGCUUUUGGAAGAAGUCCUCAAAUGGCUUAGUGGAGGUGCCGUUCACACUGAGCAGUGUUUUCUCUUCCUCGGACAGGACUGUAAUUGCCAAUGCCAUGGCCACCUUCCAUAGCAAAACCUGCAUUCGUUUCGUUCCCAGGACAUUUCAAACUGACUACCUCAGCAUCGAGAGCAAAAGCGGAUGCUACUCUAAUGUGGGCAGAACAGGUGGUGCUCAGGUGGUCUCUCUCAGCAAGUUGGGUUGUGUUUACCAUAGCGUCGUCGAGCACGAGCUGAACCAUGCACUUGGUUUCUACCACGAGCAUACUCGGAGUGACCGUGACAGCUACGUCACCAUUAACUGGGAAAACAUCGACCCAGCAAUGAAGUAUAAUUUUAACAAGGAGAACACCAACAACCUCAGAACAACAUACGACUACUCCUCCAUGAUGCACUACGGAAGAAGCGCUUUCUCCAUCAACGGUCUGGACACAAUCACUCCUACUCCGGAUCCGUCAAAGAAAAUUGGACAGGCGACGGAUCUGUCCGCCACCGACAUCCAGAGGCUCAACACUCUCUACAACUGCUGA